AAACGCAAAUAACAGCUGUUCUAUGAUAAAAUGCCGCCGAAAAGGGGAGUUGCUAUGAGGAAAAAGUACUUUCGGUGGACCCAGAAGGCCACAAAACGCCUGUUGAAAAUGUGGCUGGAGAAUCUGUCUGACUUUAGGGGGUACCGCAAAAAUAUAUCUAUUAUUAAGGAAAUGGCAAACAACAUGAAGGAAUUUGAAAUUUCUACCGUUGAAAUAAAGGCAAAAAUGGACAACAUGAAGAGAAAAUACCGAACGGAGUCCCUGCGAAUUAUUUCAUCACGAAUUAAAAAGUCCAAAUGGCUAUAUUUUCCCAAAAUGCAACAUAUUAUGGAAAAUAGUGAUGAUGAUAUCUUCGAAAGUGACUCAGAUUCUUCGAAAGAAUUUGAAUUUCCAUUCACCGACAUUAAAAGAAAUGGCAUUGAACGUUAUAAAAGAAAUCAUGGCCAAGCAGAGGAUUGUGAUGAAAGCGAUGAAGAAAUCCGGCCUACUCAGUUAUAUUUAGGAGGAUCUAAUUUCAAGGAGGCAAACAACCGAAAACAGACUUCCGUUCGUUUAAAAAAAAGUGGAGCAGAUAAUGGGGAUUUCCGACUCAACCACAACAGUUUCAGAAAUGAAAUGAAUAUGGCUUUAAGCUCUGAUUUUGACAUCGAGAAGAGCAGUGAUUCUUUUGACGAUGAGGGAGUCACAAGCUUUUUCACACCGUCCACUAAAAGGAACUAUAAAUAUAAACAAGAGGUUAACUACAGCAAAGAGAAUAGUUUCGUUGAAGAAAAGUCAACUGAUGAAAGAAGUUCGGGGAAUGAAUCCGAUUCUUCCGAUGAUUUAAUUUUCUCCAAAUGGAACAUUAAGCACUAUGAACUCGAUCAAGCCGAAGCUGUGGAAGAAAAAACUUUGGCCGUUCAACGAAAAACCCUUAAAGCCAUGCAAGCAAUGGCCGAAGAUCUUUCCAGUUUUCAUGAAAAUUUCCUUAAGGCGAUCAAACCAACAUUCCAAAAACACGCUUAAUAGCCAAUUAAGGAUCGUUAGUUAAUAUCAUUUGUGAUAUGUUUAUAACUACUUUCAUGAGUUAAUGGAAAUUAAAUAAAUGUACAAAUUUUAAAUACA